AUGACCAAGUUGUAUCAAAAGCACUCUGAUGAAGGAGAAAGGUUUAUAGAUUCGACAUUUAUGCCUACGGAUAAAUCAAUAUAUCUUCCUGGCUAUGGAGCAAAGCCAGAUGAUCCUAUUAUUUGGGUUCGUGCUACAGAGAUGAUUCACAAUAGUCAUCUAAUCACACAAUACGAAGUCUGCAAUAACGUCAUUCAGGGUGCGUUUGGUGGAUGGACAGUUGCCGCUGCUAGAUUAUUUGCACUACAUCCGCAAGUGUUUAAGCAGGUAGUUCCAAUCACAAAAAAGAAUGCUUAUAAAACAUCUGGCAGCUCGUGUGUAGAGGAAAGCAACCAUCCAGGAAUAUUUCGAUUUCGAUUUUUCAGAUUUGGUACUUGGGUAGAAGUUGUUGUUGACGAUUUUCUCCCAUGUACUACGCAAGGAGAAUGGUUAUGUUCCUUGUCCAAAAAUAAGCAGAAUCUAUGGGUUCCUUUACUGGAAAAGGCGUUUUCUAAACUCAAUGGGAGCUAUCAACUGAUAAAAUCAAUCAAGCCAUGCACAAGUGUAUUUGCAGAUUUGACAGGAAAUAUACCUGAACAAAUAGAUUUGUCAGUAUUUUCUCAAGAUGCGCUUUCUGAAGAUUCUAUGCAGCUUUUUAAUGCAAUGGAUAGUCUUAUGCGUGGUGGAGCUCUAAUAAGUUGCUUUUUUCAAAAAAGCAAUCCUUUUGGAAAUGCAUGCACUGAUGAUUUAUGUAGCGAUAUGUAUGCUGUCACCAAGGUGUUUUACACGCACAUAAAAACAAGUCUUUUCCAUAAAAAGACUGUACCAGUUGUUCAAAUCUACAAACCUUUUUUGAAUCAAUCAUCAUCAGUAAGCCAUACUAGUCCUGAUUGGCCAAGCAUACUAGCAAAGGAGCGCAAACAACUAAAUCUUAGCAUAGGUCAAGACGGGCAGUUUACAGUUUUACUUUUAGAUUUUUUGCGCGAGUUUUCAACCAUGAUUAUUUGUCGUAUGUUUGAUCAGCCAAAUCGUUCAUUGAUAUCACGUCGCGUAAUAUCCGGCCGAUACUAUGGUAGAUGGUCAAAGGCAGAUAAAAGUGAUGGCGGAAGCCUGAGCUAUCCUUAUACAGUAUGCAAUAAUCCUCAGUUUUUGCUUGAUAUACGCAAAAGCAGUGAAGUCAUUUUUUAUCUACAGCGAAGGCAUGCCAAUCAUCCUACGCAUAGUAGUGACAUUUCCAUUGGACUGAUUAUUUUGAAAGUCGAAGAAAAUCGCGAUUUUCGUAUUACCGAUUUAAACUAUCAGCAGUGUCAUGUAAGCAAUUACACAUCUCAUACAGAAGUGUUUUGUCGCUGCAUUUUGAAAGAAGGACGCUAUGUUGUUAUUCCCACAACUUAUCGAUCUGGCCAAGAAGGAGACUUUUUUAUUAGGUUUUAUACUCUAAUUGCAGGAUCACAAUUCUGUCCUUUAAUACGACAUUCGCCACAAUCUAUGAUCAUGGGUUUUUUAUCAUCGCAAACCCGACAAUCACACCACGGCAUGCACUCUAAAUCAAACACUUUUCGUAUUGAAAUUGUUUCAUGCAAUGUUCAAGCAGCAGCUGUAUUAAAUAUUUCAGCUGCAUCAUCCAACACAGCAUUGGAUUUUGAUCAACCAAAGCCGCCAUUAUUGCAUCUCAUGUAUAUUUCAAAGAUUGAAGCCAGUUUAAUUACUAGCUCGAGUAAAGCAUCAUCAAUAUCAAAUUCAUCUACAUUGAUAUCAAACUCUUAUUGCAUUGUACGAUGUUCAGAAGAAUCGUCUCUGAGUUCACACACAACACGCCGAUCACAAACCACGUCGAAUUGUGACAUUCUAAACUCAUUUGUAUUUGGAAUUCGAAAUAUUACCAAUGCAACCAUCAAGGUUGAGCUAUGGAGUGUAUCAGAGACUUUGAUAGAUAAACUUGUUGGGUACACUUCUAUUGAUGUAGCCGAGUUUGCUAGCCCGCACUUGGUCGGCACCAUGAACGAGUUUAGUCGAACGAUUUUUGCUCGAAAUAAGACUGAUUCUUCUAAUUGGUGUAUUACAAUGCGUGUCAAGUAUGAUGGCUUGCCUGUUUCUAAAUAG